CGCUUUUUCAUCAAUUCGACUUGAUCGUUUUGAUUAACACUGCCCUCGUUUGAAUAAGAAAAAAAAAGGAGGGGAAGAAGCGCGUAAGAAAGAAGAUCACCUCAAAAUAAAAAUACCAAACGAAAAGUGCACAGAAAAGAACGCCAUGACAGCACACGAUAUUGCAGACUGCCUCGCGAGCCUCGCAGAGUGCCGGUCGCUGUGCCUGCAAACGGUGGUGGAUUGUUUGAAGCAUGGCGGAUUGCUGGCGUCGCUGCCGCACAUCCGCGCAAUGAACGACUGCACCGAGUUGUGCGGCACCACCUCGGCGCUCCUCCUCCGCGAGUCUCCGCUUGCUGGGCACUUGUGCGCCAUGACGUCCGAGGCGUGCCAGCUAUGCGUCAUUGAUUUGAAAGCGUUCGGUGAUAACAUGACACCCAUGAUGCGCAACGUCGUGGCAGUGUGCCAGAAAACGCAAACGCGGACGCUGGCACUCUUCCGCUUCACGCAGUCCGCAGCCGCAGCCGCGCGUUCCCAAACGCAAUUGCAGGAAUACGACCCGCACCACCAUGGGAAUGCAAUUCCCGGCGCAGUGCCCGGCGCAACCCCUUCCGCCCCGCCGACGAAUCUUGCUCCUCCUGCCAUUCCCGCCAAAUCCGUCCAGUCGCCGCCCCAGGCCAAGAUUCUUUCACCGGAGCCGGCGGUCGCUUCGAUCGGGAGCCCCAAGCGCGACAAGCGAACCAGCGAGGCCAUGGCCACAGGCAUGCGGACGGACUGAUGCUUGGGACUCGCUGCCAAAAACGAAAGCAAACGCGCAGUCCGGCAUACUUUACGGGUUGGAGAUUGUGCUGGGGUUGAGUGUACGAAAUACACCGAAACUGCACCUAUAUUGCAAA